UGCGUCCCUCACAUACUCACAGGUCAGAGCACACCAUAUAUGCUCAUCAUUUCCUUGGCUCAAGCGCUGCACACCGAUCGAUCCACCUAUCCCAGUUCGCUAUGGCAAGGGCUCCCGCGGCGAGGCGCCGUGUCCGUGUGGACCAAGACGCCAUGGCCAAGUCCCUCCUCGUCGUCCUCGGGCUUGCCCUCCUCGCGGCCGCCUGCACCGGCCAGCACGGCCGAGGAGCAGCCACCGCCGCCUCGUCGGACGGCGACAACCUGCAGCAGCGGCAGGCGGCCAUGAUGGAGGCCGUCCAGGUCUUCUCCGAGUACAACCAGGAAGUCACAGACCCCCGGGCGCUCGAGCGGGCGGUGGCCACGGUGAACCGCGAGGUGGGGACGCUGCGGCCGAUCUUCCAGGUCGUCAGCAGGAUGCCCGAGGGCAGCGCCAAGGAGGAGGCCAGCGCCGCGGCCAAGGAGCUGCUCACUCGCCACCUCGCCCAGCUGCUCCCUGGCGGCUCCGUCAAGAUCGCCGACGACAUGCCGUAACUUGCAUGCUGGUUUCUUGUUUAGACUUUAAUUACAAAAGAUCGAGAAGAUCCUUCUGUGCUCUAGUAAGCCUCCAUUUCAUGAUCGUCGGAGCAUGUAAGCGCCUAGCGCUUCAUUUGUUAUCCCUGUCCUCUGUUCGACUAGGUUUAAUGGAUUGUUCCACUAGUGCGCGCUGCUGCUA